AGGAAAUCAAGCAAAGCAAAGGAGAAGAAGCAGAAGCGCCUGGAGGAGCGCGCGGCCAUGGCUGCUGUCUGCGCCAAGGUGGAGGCUGCCAACAAACUUGAAGAUCCCCUCGAAGCUUUUCCAGUGUUCAAGAAAUACGACCGGAAUGGCCUCAAUGUCUCCAUCGAAUGCAAGCGUGUUGCCAGCCUGGAGCGAGCCACGGUCGAUUGGGCUUUCGAGCUGACCAAAACCAACAUGCAGACGCUGUAUGAGCAGAGCGAGUGGGGCUGGAAGGACCGGGAGAAGCGCGACGAGCUGACGGAUGAGCGCGCCUGGUUCCUGAUCGCACGCGAGCCCAGCGCCCGCCCCGUCGCCUUCUCCCAUUUCCGCUUCGACGUCGAGUGCGGCGACGAGGUGCUGUACUGCUACGAAGUGCAGCUGGAGAGCCGGGUGCGGCGGAGAGGGCUGGGCAAGUUCCUCCUGCAGAUCCUGCAGCUGGUGGCCAACAGCACGCAGAUGAAGAAAGUGAUGCUCACGGUCUUUAAACACAACCACGGCGCCUACCAGUUCUUCCGGGAAGCACUGCAGUUCGAUAUUGACGAUUCCUCGCCCAGUGUCUCCGGUUGCUGCGGGGACGACUGCUCCUACGAGGUCCUGAGCCGGAGGACGAAAUUCGGUGACAGUCACCAACUCCCCACGGGCGGGCACUGCGGCACCUGCUGCCACUGAGCCCCCCCUGUACCCGAAUCCGCCAAACUGGUUCCGUGUUGAGAACAGGUAGCUGGCUUGGCUGCGCUCUCGUUUGUCACCUCCAUAUUUUGGGGGCCUUCAGGCAGCAUUCACCAUCAUAGGGUGACCCUCAGGACCCCUCUGUCCCCGUGCCUUGGGGUGGGGCUCUCACUGUGGGGAUUAGGAAGGAGUUUUACCCGUUUUUUUCGGUUUUGGUCACUUUGGUUUAUACGUUAUGAAUAAAGGCAGUAGAAGUUG